AUGGCAAAAUCAAGGAGUGAGGCUGGGUUUUCCAUAUGUAGCAUUGAUAGAUCGGAAACCGACCAAGAGACCCAGAUCCCACAGAAAAUACAGAGCCAGAUACGCCACGGCCAUGCUCGUCCAAACCGGACCUCCCGAGCGACCUUACCCACCGUCUUCCUCCGGGGUAUCUCGUGUAACAUCGUCCCUGUCCUCUUUUCGAAAACGGCGCGCGCGCACACAUAUCCAUAUCUAACCGCCACCCCGACCCCGGCCGCGACCCCGGCCCCCGCGACCACCCCCACGACCGCGGUCGCGCCCGCCAUCUCGUCCGUAUCCGCCGCGGCGGUUCUGUGGUUGGUUCAGCUGCUGCUCCUUGACCAGCUCGACAAUCUCAUCAGGGAUUCGUAG